UUCUGAUAUCACACAUGUAAGCUAAGCUAGUCACUCAUUGUACAACCUACCAUUAUAAUGGCUCAAAAUCACAGGCUUCAUUUCCAAAACGAGUUGAAAAACUGCUCAGGAGAUCAACUUUACAAUUUCUAUAAGAAUGAAAUUACCAAGCUCCCGCAAGUUAUUCCUCACAUCUUCAAGAGUGUCCAAAUUCUUGCUGGAGAUGGAAAUAAUGCGGGCACCGUGAGGCUCGCAAAAUUAUCUAUCGGGUCUUCUCGUGAAGAAAUAGUGAAGGAAAAGAUUGAAACCGUGGUUGAUGAAAGUAGAACUCUUCGUGGCAGUAUCAUCGAUGGAGAUAUCUUGCGUAUGUAUCCUAAGUUUGAGUACGCAGUCACUAUAACUCCACUGGUUACAAAAGGAGGAGAAGAAAGCUGCUUAUUCAAAUUGUCUGUGGAGUAUGAGAAAGAAAACGAAGAUGUCCCAAAUCCAACUGAGUAUAUGGAGAUGUCGAGUUUUGUUUCUAAAGCCGUUGCUAGCCACCUUGCCAAGAAGGCCUGAUAUAUGUACACAAUCUGGCUGUACCAAUGAUGCAUAGAUAUUAUUAGCUUAAACGUGGUCUACAUAAAUAAAACCUCUAUCGAUCCGUUUAAUGCAAGAUCGCGCUAA